AUGGUCCCUAAUGCAUUCCGAGAUUCCAAUUGGAUUGAGAUGGAAACGUUUGCAAACAGAUCAAUGUAUUGCCAUAGGCAUAACCCUACAAUGGUGAAUUCUCAUGGUUUGUGGGAUGGUAAGAAUCCUUUGCGGUCAAGCGUUCCACUUCUCUUAGCUCAACUCAUCUUGAUAUCUCUCACUUCUAAAGCUGCCGAGAUUUGCCUUAGGCCUCUUGGACAAUCCACCAUUGUAUGUCAAAUUCUUGGUGGUGUGAUUCUAGGGCCAUCAGUUCUUGGAAAAGCGUCAAAUGUAGCAGCAAUUUUAUUUCCUCAAAGAGGAAAUGUAAUUAUAGAAACACUAUCAACUUUUGGCCUUGUUCUUUUCCUGUUCUCAAUUGGGGUAAAGAUGGAUGCUAGCUUAAUGUUUAAGCCCGAAAAAAUCGCCAUCUCAAUAAGCAUGUCCCUCUUCAUCUUUACCCUAAUCAUUCCCCUGUCUGUUACCAUUGCUAUCAUGAAUACAGUUAACAUCGAAUCCGAACUCCGGAGAUCCUUACCUCUACUAGUGGGAUCCCAAUCCUUAGUAGCUUUCCCAGCAAUUGCUUGCCUUUUGGCUGAGCUCAAGAUCUUCAACACAGAGGUGGGCCGCUUAGCCGUGGCCACCUCUAUGUUCUAUGACCUUCUAGUUUUGAGCACCUGUGCCUUCGUGUUUGCAUACUUUGAGACUCAGGAAGAGGGCUUCCUAAGGUCGAUGGCAGCAAUCAUGUCCAUCUUAGGUUUCAUCGUGAGUAUUGUUUUCGUGGUUCGGUAUCUCCUGUUGCGGUUCUUGGUACCAUAUAAAGAAACCCAAAGUGCACCCUCAACCUCGUCAGUAGGAGUGAAUGAGUUGCAACUAAGUAUUAUAUUUGUAAUGCUGUUUAUAUCUACCCUGCUAAGUGAGAUUGUUGGGCAGCAUUAUUUCCUUGGACCUGUAGUUUUGGGAUUGGCUAUACCCAAUUCAUCACCUCUUGGAGCUGCAGUUGUCUCAAAGUUGGAUACCUUUGUUUCCGGGUUGCUCUAUCCUACAUUUCUCGCCAUUGGCGGGUUGAAGACAGAUAUAUUCAGUGUUGGUUUCAGGAAAUCAUGGCAGACAGGAAUAAUUGUCUUUGCUGGAGUAGCUGCUAAGUUUGCAGCAGUGAUGAUACCAGCAAUGCAUGGCAAUAUACCUUUUAAAGAGGCUUUCGUGCUUGGCCUCGUGAUGAAUACCAGAGGCAUCAAUGAGCUAAUCAUUUACAACUUGGUCUUAGAGGAUAAGAAAAUAUCAGGCCAGGACUUCACUUUGCUGGUACUCUCUGCAGCAUUAGUGACUGCAAUCAUAUCUCCUCUUGUCAAAAUUUUUUAUGGUCCUUCAAGAAGAUAUGUUCCAGUGACGAGGAUGACCAUUCAACAUCACAAGAAAGACAGGGAGAUGAAAAUGGUGGUGUGUGUUCACCAACACAACAAUGUCCCUACCCUAGUAGACGUUCUAGAAGCCUCAGGUGCUUCCGAAGAAAGCCCUAUUUCAGUCAUAGUUGUCAUCCUAGUAGAAGUCGUAGGCAAGUCAGCGCCCAUGCUCUUAGCCUACAGGCCCCAGCGAACCCUUGAGCCAACCAGCUCAUGUAACAACCAUAUCUCCAAUGCUUUCCAGCAAUAUGAACAACAAAAUGAAGGCAAAGCCUCAGUGCAGGUCUACACAAACAUGUCUCACUUUGAUGCCAUGCAUGAUGAUGUAUGCAGGGUGGCAUCUGACAAGAGAGCCAAUUUUGUAAUCUUGCCAUUUCACAAACAAUGGGCUAUAGAUGGCACAGUAGAGGCAGUGAACCGGCCCAUUAAGGAGAUGAACCUUAAGCUCCUUGAAUGUGUUCCAUGCUCACUCGGGAUUCUCAUUGACCGAGGUCCAAUAAAUGGUUCCUCAUCAAUUCUCAAUAACAAGUCAAUCUAUCGUGUUGCUGUGCUCUUCAUUGGAGGGGUAGAUGACAUAGAAUCACUAGCCUAUGGAGCCAGGAUGGUCAAGCAUGAGCAAGUUGCAGUAACAGUCAUCCGUUUUCUACUCUUAGGUCGGGAUACUUCAAGAGAGAGAGAGAACGAAAGUGAAACCAUUGAGUUCUAUAAGAAGGCUAACUCUGGAAAUGAGCGGUUCAUGUACCAGGAAAAAUUGGUAAAAGAUGGCGUUGGGUUGGCUGAAUCUAUUAGAACUAUGGAUAAUAACUAUGAUCUAAUACUAGUGGGAAGAAGCCAUCAGCACUCCCCGCUUCUAUUUGGACUCCAUGAAUGGAGUGAAUGUCCUGAGCUUGGUGUAAUCGGUGACUUACUUGCCUCUCCUGAUGCUAAAACCACAGCAUCUGUGUUGGUUGUACAUCAACAAAAGAUGACCGAAAAAAUCAACACAUCCACUGGUCAAGUGCCACAAAAUAGGGAUAUGUAUGUACAUGAUGAGCCAUUUACUGAAAGAAUAAGUGACCUUCAUAACCCAUCAGUGGAAAUUUCAAUAGACAGUGAAAAUAGCCCGAUGAAGGACAGUUACUAUAGAUAG